AUGGCUACGGGGCCAACAGAGGUCACACAGUCACCUGAAACAGGAGACACAGUUGAAGAGUGCACAGGAAAGAAAAAAUCAAAAUUUCAGACUUUCAAGAACUUCUUUGCCAAGAAGAAAAGGAAAGAGCCUCCACCUCCCAGGGGGGAGAGUAAUUUAAAACCUAGCCAGUCCAGCAGCGAUGUCAGCAGCUCUGUGCUCGACACUACUGCACUUCAUUCACCGAAGGAGGCUGGGCCCAAAGGAAGCAUGGGAAACAAAGCCUUGUCCCAUGACAGCGUCUUCAUUUUUGAGUCUGCACCAGGAAACGUGGCAGGUGACGUGUUGUCUCAGGAAAACAUACCUGGAAGAGUGAAAACUUUGCAGCUUCAGUUGCAGCAAAACAUCAGACUUGGAUCGCCUCCUCUUGUUAUAACUGGAAAGAAACUGGAAGAUGCAGGUGCUGUUUCUGAAGACGAUGGUUUACCUAGAAGCCCUCCUGAAAUUUCAACCCUUCAUGAAGUUCUGACAGAUUCACAAAGCAAGUCCUCCAACCCUGUUCAGCGUCAUAGCUCUUUGAGUUUAGGCGGGACAGACAGUGAAGAUGAACAGGCCAUCAGUCCUUCAUCCUCUGCCACUCUGGGGGCCCCCUGCUCACGAGGCAGCAGCUUCCUUCCCGUUGACUUCACCAUCCCUGCCAGUCCCCUCGGCUGCCUGGACACCUCAGCAGCCAGGCACAGGAUUGCCAUAAACCCCCGGAAACAGAAAGGCUUUACCAACAAGAAUCAGCAAACCCCCCAGGUGGAACAGCUGGAAAAUGAAGCAUGUCUUCCUGCAACUCCAGAAGAGAAGGGAAAUUCAACAGAAUUACUUGAGAGUGACCAGCAUAAAAGUGAUUGGGAAGGAUUGUCAGCCCAGGUGGGAUACUGUGCAAAGGGAAGUGGUUCUAAGGAGACGCCAGGUGUAAAAAGUCCCACUGAUGCUGCCCGUGACUCUCGUGAUUCCACACUUGUGGCAGAAGACUCUUGUGCUUUGCUGCAAGAGGAUGCAUGCCUUCCAGAGAUGGACCAUCACUAUAAAGCAGCUGCACCCCUUCUGAGACCUGAGCCUUCUCCAGUGAACCUGGAGGAACACCACAGUGCGGAAGUGUUGUACUGUUCAGAUGAGUCUGCUGAUGAAUUGAAAUUACAUCAGCAAAAUACCAAUAGUGAAGUAUCUGCACUUCCAAAAUUUCAACAAAUUGAAGGAGAAGGUGCUGUGUUUCCAGAUGUACUAGCAGCUGACUUGUUUAGCAGUGGUGUGGAAACCGAGGGCAUAGAUAUAUUGGCAGAUGUUGCACAAAGGUCCUCAGUAAAUUCUGUGGGCCCAAACAUCAAAGACCAGGAAAAGGGGGAUCCACUGUUUAUUGGCAAAGUAGAAGCCUGCUUGGGUACUACUGAGAAUCAUUCCAACCACGCUGUCUCAGAUACUGCACCAAGCACUUCACAGGUGGCGGUAACCGAUUCAGAGUCGUCUUCUGGCAUCAAGACAGUGGCUGUUUUGAAGGCUGAAAACAGUUCAGUAACAAGAAAUGACAAAGAAACUUGUGAAAUAACGGAAUUUCAGUCAUCCAAAGGCAAUGCAGAAAAAAAAAAAGACGCUGCUGCAUCUGUCUUGGAAGCAGGUUGCAUGCUGCCUCCCAGUAAAUUGGAAGUAUGUUUUAAAGCAGAAACUGUUUCUGUUUCAAAGGGUAACCAAGGCGGUCAACAGGCCAACACGUCAUACAUUUCUGAAAAACUUUCCAUUGGAUGUCUUGCCUCUUCAAGUUUGGCUGGCUUGAAGAGUAAUAUGUCUUCUGAUGACGACAGUAAGGAGUACCAGAUAAGCAGUACAGCUUCUCACAGAAAAACAGUGGAAGACAGUCGAUCUUCAGAUGAAAAUGUAAAAAGUCCACUGAAGACUGCUUCUGCUAAACCGGUCAGAUUUACCAUUGCACCAGCAUGGCAAAGAUCUCUCUCAGGGGGUUCAAAUUCAAAGGAAGAUUCCUAUACCAGAAGUUCCCCAACGUCUCCUAUAAGACCAGAGUUGUUUGAAGGAAUGACAAAAGAACACACACAUUUUGAUGCAGUCAUCCAGGAGUCAGCAAAAAUCAGCUCAGAUAGAUUUGAUCGAGAUUGUAAGGACAGUGAUUUGCAUUUGAAUUCUUCUGUGGAGUGGGCUGACCAUGAAGCACAAAAUGUUGAAAACCCGUUUGGGGUUAGACUACGGAGAACAUCUUCUUUGCUAAAAUACCAGAAUGAAAGCCGUGCUGAGUCUCCAAAACUGAUCCCCUCAGCUGUUCCCACUGCGACUUCUGCUUCAGUCAAGGAGGACCAGAAAUCGGUGGGCGCUGGGAAGCCACUUCCAGGCCUUCCUGUCAGCACAAAAUCAUUUGUUAAAAAACCAGAUCUCCUAGAAGACAAAAAUCCUCCCAAGACAAGAUCAGAAGAAGUGGCAAAGAAGCAAAAUGGUCAUAAACCUUCAGAAAAAGUCUCUUCUUCAUAUUUGGAAACUGCUUCAUCUGAACCAGCUUGGGUCUCCAUGGCAAAACUAAAACAAAAGGGUUUCCAGGACCACCCUCUUGCCAAAGAACAUAAAGCUGAAGACAAAGCUUUGAUCAAAGUGGAUCAAGAGCAGGUAGAGUACCAACAAGGGAUCUGUGCUAGUGAGAACAUACUGAAGAAGAAUAUGCCUUCCAGCUUGAGCUCUCAGGACAAGAAAAUGCAAAUGAAGACCAGCGUGUCUGCUGCAGCAGGUAAAGUUGGACCUAUUGCUCAGGAAGCAUCUGUGAUUUCUGCUGUUGAAAAGGAAGCAAGACACUCCUCUAACCUGCCAAUUGCUGAACCACCAUGGCUAUCCCUGGCCAAGAAGAAAGCCAAAGCAUGGAGUGAAAUGCCCCAGAUUGUACAAUAG